AUGAUGAUGUUCCUGGCGCACACGGGCCACUUGCAGUUUGCGGGCCUGCUGUCCGGCUGCUUAGCGUGGAUUCUCACUAUGGCGGCGACGGGCAUGGACGAAUGGCGCCUGUGGUAUAUCCAUCACGAAAACUACACCGCCAUCAUCACCUCAGGUGUGGCGUGGGUAGGCAUCUGGCGGGCGUGUUUCCACAGCCACGCCCUUCCAAAAAUGGAGAACUGCCAAAAUAUGGGAAUCUCGGAUAGUUUUGUCCCAGUGGAAAUCCAAGUGGCGCAAGUUUUAAUGAUGCUAGCAACAGUGGGCGGUUUGGCCGCCAACGCCACCGCAGUGGAAGCAGUGAGGCGGGUGUAUUUCUCCAUGGAGGUUCGCCGAAGAUUGCGUGCGGUUUUCAUCCUGGCGGGGGCGCUCUACAUCGUCACAGGUGUGCUUGCGUUGGUGCCACUAGUGUGGAACACAAAUGCAGUGGUGAACAACAACAGCGUCCCCUUCCCACCUCGUUUCAUGCUUCCCGCCAUCCCCGCCAGCCAGAAAGUGGGCACGGGCAUCGGGGUGGGCUUCACGGCUGCCAUUUUGAUGGUCAUCAGCGGGUUGCUGUUUCUCGCCCACCGUCAUGUUUGGAGAACACUCAAACCUGAGGAAUCAGAGGACAAGCAAGGAAGGGAUAAUCCAGCUUUUCAAUGA